AUGUUUUCAAGUAAAAUUUUAGGUUUAAUUGCAGUUGGUGCUAUUUUUAUUGCUACAAAUCCAAAAGAGAAGGAAACAUUUGCAAAUCAACUACAAGAGAAAACUAAAAAAGAGAGUGGAUUUAUUGCAGGUUGGGCAGCAAAAGGGAUGGCAUUAUUAGAUUUGUUCACAAUUGAAGAUCAUAUCUUUUUUUCAUUAGCAUUUUUAAAUCCUCCACCACAUAGUACAGAUUCAGUUGUUGCAAUUGCUAAAGUACAUCCAUGUCAUACAUAUAAUCAAAGUCCAUUAGUUGCAAUUGGUAUUUUAAAUAAUUGGUUCUUUGUGCAGGAUUUUAUUAGGAAUUAUUUGAAACGUAUUUAA